UAUUUUUUAAAUGUUUAAAUAUGUUUUAGUUCGGAUUUAAUUACACUACCAAUGAAAUAGUUUUAUUCAUUGUGUUUAAUGGAUUAUCAAAAUAUCUAGAGAAACAUGUUUUGCAGUGAUAACAAAUCAAAUUCAAUUCCUAUUUUUAAUUUUUAUGGAUUUUUGAGUAAUUUUCUAUCGAAAGGACUUAAAACUAAUCAAUUGGAGGUAAACACCGAUGAAAAGACGCUCAAACCAAUUGCUCGUUUAAAGGAACCCCGAGAUCUAUUCGCCCUGCCUAAGGAAAAGGAUUAUGACUGCUCACAGCAGGCCGCCAGAUGGCCCACUGAAUGUCAGGUGCUGGACGAACGUAUACAGCACAUAGCCUACGUGCCAGUCACUCCAGAAUCAUACAAUCAACCGACAGGGAACGAGCUGAAACCACGUCCUGUGGGCGAGGAGAACGGAAUCGUGGUGUACAAUUAUAAUCCUGUCAGUGCUGUCAAUUAUAAUAAUGAAAACAAAAUCAAAUGUGGUGGCGGCGAUGAUUCCGAUGGCACCGAUUCAGACAUAUCAUCAUCGGAGAGUCGUGGCUCUUCGCCAGAACGUCGCCAACGACUAAUGCUGAAACAUCGUUUUUCAAAAAUGUUUAACAAUUGUCGUUCGUCAAGUAAUUCGAAUGAUGAAAACGACGAUGACGAUGACGAAGAAGAUGACGAGGAAAUAAUUCAAAUUACGAAUUUGGCAACAAAGUCAAUAAUUGAAGAACCAAAUUCUAUUCAACUUAUUGAACAAUCUGAAUCAAAAGAAGAUGGCGCCGAUGCUGAUGGUGAUGGCAAUGCUGUUAAUGUUGAUGAUGACGAUGAUAUCGAUGAUAUUUGGGGUGCUCCUUCGCCAUAUUACAGUGCCUCGCCAACAAAAUGCUUUAUUCAGCGAAUCGAAGCUAAACCAGUGCCUCCAGAAACCAGCUUGCCAUUGCCACAAACAGCACGUUUACAAAUAUUUAGCCGUUCGAGUGUUGGCGGUUCAAAGUUCCUUACUCAGGUGCAUCCGUUCAGCAAGGACGAGUAUGAUGGCUUGUGGUUCGAGUCACGCUUUGAAUCGGGAAAUCUAGCAAAAGCUGUGAAAAUUACCGAUACCUAUUAUGAGCUGUAUUUGCGUCCGGAUUUGUAUACAAGUCGUUCGAAACAGUGGUUCUAUUUUCGUGUGGGAAGAACAAAGAAGAACUUGUCUUAUAGAUUCUCUAUUGUUAACUUGGUUAAAUCGGACAGCCUUUAUAACGAGGGUAUGCGACCCUUAAUGUACUCAACUACCAAUGCCAGAGUUAUCGGCCAGGGCUGGAGGCGUUGUGGUGAAAAUAUUUGUUACUACCGCAACGAUGAUGAGAAUUCAAAUGAGGAAGACGAGGACAAUAGUUCAUAUACGCUGACGUUUAAUAUUGAAUUUCCCCAUGACGAUGAUACUGUUUAUUUUGCCCAUAGCUAUCCUUAUACCUAUACAGAUUUACAGGAUUAUUUGAUGGCAAUUCAAAAACAUCCUGUAAAAUCGAAAUUUUGUAAAUUAAGACUGCUGUGCAGAUCGCUAGCUGGUAAUAAUGUUUACUAUUUAACAGUGACUGCACCAACUACAGAUGAGGAGUUAAUGAAGAAAAAGAAAGCUAUUGUUGUUUCUGCACGAGUUCAUCCAAGUGAAACACCCUCAUCUUGGAUGAUGAAAGGCCUAAUGGACUUCAUUACGGGAGACUCAUCGGUUGCCAAACGUUUGAGGCACAAAUUCAUUUUCAAACUUAUACCAAUGCUAAAUCCAGAUGGGGUGAUUGUUGGAAACACUAGAAAUUCUUUAACUGGCAAAGAUUUGAAUCGACAAUAUCGUACCGUUAUAAGGGAGACCUAUCCAUCUAUUUGGUAUACAAAGGCCAUGAUUAAAAGACUGAUUGAUGAAUGUGGUGUGGCCAUGUACUGUGAUAUGCACGCUCACUCCCGAAGGCAAAAUAUUUUCGUUUAUGGCUGUGAAAAUCGACGCAAUCCGGAAAAGAAGCUCACCGAACAAGUUUUUCCACUAAUGAUGCACAAAAACGUGGCCGACAAGUUCUCUUUUGAAAAUUGCAAAUUCAAGAUACAAAGGAGCAAAGAGGGCACUGGACGCAUUGUCGUUUGGAUGUUGGGAGUUACAAACAGCUAUACGAUAGAAGCGUCCUUUGGUGGCUCCAGUUUGGGAUCGAGGAAAGGAACGCACUUUUCUACCGGGGAUUACGAGCAUAUGGGACGAGCAUUUUGUGAGACACUCUUGGAUUAUUGCGAUGAAAAUCCAAAUAAAGUAAAGAAAUAUAUGAAAAUAUUUAAACAAGUUAAACGUACUAGGAAAAAAGAAAAACGCGAACGUAGAGCACUUAAAUUGAAGAAAUUAGCAGAACAGGAACGUCUUAGACUGAAAAUAAUUGAAAGACUGUUAAAGGAAGGAUCUAGUGCUGAUGAGCCCCUUAACAUCCCAUUGUCCGAUUAUUCGAGCGAUGAAGGCGAUACAAGUUCAAGUUCCGAUAAUGAAGGGAAAGCCGAUCGAUUUUCUGAUUUAGAAGGACCCUGUUGCCAGCCAUUGAAAGCACCACCGUGUUCUCCAGAAUAUAAUGUUAUUCAACGCAGAAAGUAUAAACUAAGACUUUCCAGAAGAAUUAUGAAGGUAUUGGAUGGAAUUUAUUUUAGACCUCAAACUAGAAAGAGAAUGUUGAGAAAACAAACGUUUUCAAAAGUCCAUAUAAUUGAAAUAUCAAGCAUUUCAAAGAAUAACUCUAAGAAGAAACCAAAAGUCAGUAGAAAAAUGAGAUUGUUUUUGAAGAAUCAAAAUGUUAUAAUUUAUCGCAAGACCCGAAAAAAGAAGCAACGCAGCAAAUCCUCGAGCAUAGUCAAUCGAAAUAACAAACGUACACCGCUCGAUAUGCCAACAACUGAUCCGGGCUCGGAUUUGUUUUUCUCCACCGACGAUGAAAUAUUUGCCGAUGGUGAUGGAGCAGGAAUAUUUAGCACAGUUCCUCGAGCACGUCGUUAUUUGUUACAAUCCGAUUUGCAACGUCGUUAUAUUGAUUCAAUUGGUGAUGAUUCUCCAACAACAGGGCCUAUACAACGAAUGCCACCGGAACUGAUAGUAACACCAGCAAAACACGGCACUUCGAUGACAACAAACAAUAACAACAGAAUUCCCAGAACACCAGAAAAGCCAAAGACAAGUCAAUUACUAUCCACAGAAUUCCCACCGGUAACAAGAAGAACAAAUUCAUGGCAUAAUUUGCACAGAGGAGGGAAGGGUGUACCCAAAUUGAGGGUCCAAAAUGUUGAACAGACCCAAAGAAGUCCGAACGAGGAUAUAUUACCGCUUAGAAAGAAGAUAUGGACAGGAUGCUCGCCAGAGGUUGGUUGCUGUGGGGAAAGAUCUCGUCCUCUGUCAUGGGUCAUACCACCACUUCAUCGCAGCAGCAGCAGCAGCACCAACAUCAACAACAACACAAAGAGUAAACACAAGGAUUUCGAUGAACAGGAAGCUCUAUUUAAUGCGUGUUCCCAAAAACUGGUCGCCUGGCAGCAGGAGACGGUAGCCUACAGUCACCGUAACAAGCUCAACUUGAAUUUAGUGAAUCCAGAAUUCUCUGGCGGUAGCAGCGGUGAGAAGCAAAUCCCCCAAAAACCAAAGAAAACCGGAAAAUCCUCAACAAAAUUGGAAGUGGAUCCAAAAGUUCGAAAGAACAGAACCAACUUCAUGAAGCUCACGGAGACCUCAAGAAUCAUAAAUUCCUUCACCAAAGCCAAUGGCCAGAAUUCCCUGGCUUCACGGAAGAAUCCGAUGUCAUUCAACCAAAAUUCAAACCUCUCUCUGGCCCCGCUGGCUGCGUCAUCGAAGCACUUUGUCCCGAAAAAGUUCAAAACAGGUGGUCUAGUGGCCACUGCAGUCCAAACAAACAAGAAGUCUAAACGCCAGCGUUCUUCCUUAGUCAGCAUAAACAAACCCAUUGAGAUUCCUCUGGCGGAGGCGGCAACAGUGCCGCCGAGCCAAUUGGAGAACGAGAAAUCUUUCGCUCGCAAGGUCAAGACAAAGUUAAAGAAGAAGAAGUGAGUUACAUCACUUAAAGGAGGAAAGUCAUGAUCUCCUUGGAUCUACGAUAUCCCAGUUAACCAAAAAGAAAAACAUUCGUUUGCCCAUUUGUUGUUUCUGUUGUUAGUGAAAUUUAUUGUUUCGUUUUUUCUACUUGAGAAAUGUAAAUUUAAAUAAAUGAAAGAUAUUCAAUGUU